UUUAAAAUCAAUGGACUCCGAAAGGGGCGGAACUCGAAUUGUGACGUAGCACGUUCAAAAAUGUGCCUUACGUUCAUUGGGAAACAUGUCGGCAUCCCAGACAACGACAAAGGAUUUUCUUGAAGAAGAUGAGACAAAAACACUAACCGAGUCAACGGCAGGUUCAGGGGAGGUAAAAGAAGCUGCUGAUGAAGAUGAUGCUGCCAGCAUUACAGAUCCAGUGGAUGGUGUGUCGUUGGAGUUGAUGACCAGUCAUCCUGAGAAGGAGACUUCCAGCGCUGCUGAGGAUGGAAGUCAGCGCUCUCCUGCUUCCUCCCCACCUAACAAACCUGCUGCAGGUCAUGCAGCAAAGUCCAUUUCCUCAAUGUCAUCUUAUCCUUCCACCUCUUCAUUUUUUUCCCCUGGUCGGGCAAAGAUGAGCGUUUCCGGGCCGUCUUCUUGUAAAUCCGUCCUCCCACCUGGCCCUUCCUCCUCUUCCUCUUCUUCAUCCUCCUCCUCCUCCUCCUCCUCCUCUUCUUCCUCCUCCUCUUCCUCUUCAUCUGGCUCAGCUUCGUUGACACCUUCUGUCUCCCCGAGUCCACACAAGAUCCACCGGGCCCGUAAGACCAUGAACAGGCCUUCACCCGGCCAAGUGAGUUACGCUGAGACUCCUGCUACGUCGGGUUCCUCCACCUGCUUCUCUACUGACUCUGAAACAGCUGCUAGAAAGAGAAAACUGGGUCAUGUAUCAGAGAGUAAAUCUGAGAAGGGCGACAGCGUUUCAGAAAAAGGCCAAACUGUGGAGGAAAAGUUCUUUCAGAAAAAAGUGGAGUCAGUUACAGAAAAUAAUUCAGUGAAAACCGCUUGGGGGAAAUCGGAGAAUGACAGAGGCAAAAGAUUGAAACUAUCCUGUCCGUCCACGCGGGAUUCUGACCAGCUGGAAAAUGAGGGCGGAGACAGGCAGCAAACGACAGACACAGAAGAUCACAGUUUGGAGUCUGAAACGCUGAGAAUCAUCCGGAGUAGGAACGAGACGGAAGAAUCUUCUUGGCUGCUAUCGGAUCAAGACCGAGACGGAAACUCUGCUGAUUUAGUGGAAAUAGAAGAAGAAAGGUCUGGAGAGUACACGGAGGUUCCUUUGGGUGCUUUGGACAUUGCUGCAGCUGACAGUCUGACUCUUUCUCCUACCGCAGAGGGAAGCGAUGCCGGCGACCUGGAGCGUCUGGAGGAGCUCCCCUUGUGCAGCUGCAGGAUGGAGGCUCCCCGUGUGGACAGCACCAGCCAGCGGGGCAGCAGACAGUGCAUGGCCACAGAGAGCAUCAACGGAGAGCUGCAAGCGUGCACCAGCUGGACCAUUAAAUGGGAAACCAUGAGGCCGUCCAGUCGGGUCCCACUCAUGGUGCUCUGUGAUGUCCAUCGCUCUCACAUGGUCAAACACCACUGCUGCCCCGGCUGUGGAUACUUCUGCAUCGCUGGCACUUUUCUGGAAUGCUGCCCAGACCAGCGCAUUGCUCACCGUUUCCACCGCGGCUGCGUGACGGUGCUGAGCGGUGGGCGCAGCAGAGCGAAUGGCGGCGGCAUGCUUUUCUGUCCUCACUGUGGCGAAGAUGCCUCUGAGGCGCAGGAGAUCACCAUCCCCUCCUCGGCUUCCGCGACCACCGUCGUCACCAUGUCGGCCUCCUCCACCACGACUCCCUCUCUUCCUCCGUCGGUCCCGAUGGCUCCCUCUCUCUCUGCCUCAACAGGAGGAGCGAAGGAUGGAAAGAUCCCUGAACGACCUAUUAGUGCUCGUAUGCGCAGCCACGGCUUAGUGACCCCAGCAGUGGAGCAGCAACAGCCUCCGCAGACUGUAGCCUCAGCAGCAACCGUAGCUGCCGUCCCUCCAGCUGAGGAGGGUGUGGACAGCGUGGGACCGUCGGUCUGCAUGCCUAACGGGAAACCAGUCAACCCAAGUGCACUUCCACCUGGACCCAGCAGGGCGGCGCUGCAGAAAGCAAUUCUCACACAAGACACAGAGAGGAGGAAGAAACUGCGGUUCCACCCUCGCCAGCUUUAUCCUGCUGCCAAGCAAGGAGAGGUUCAGCGGGUGCUGCUGAUGCUGCUGGAGGGCAUUGAUCCGACAUACCAACCCGAGUCUCAGAACCGACGCUCUGCUCUUCACGCCGCAGCUCAGAGAGGGCUGCUGGAGGUCUGCUACAUGCUGGUUCAGGCCGGCGCUAAUGUGGACGCUAAGGACAAAGACAUGAGGACUCCUCUGUUGGAAGCCGUCAUCAAUAAUCACAUAGAUGUGGCUCGUUACCUGAUCCAGAACGGUGCCUGCGUUUAUCACAUUGAGGACGACGGCUACACUGGCCUCCACCACGCAGCCAAGCUGGGGAACCUGGAAAUCGUUAACAUGCUUCUGGAGACCGGGCAAGUGGAUGUGAACGCACAGGACACCGGUGGCUGGACGCCAAUCAUCUGGGCAGCAGAGCACAAACAUGUUAAGGUGAUCAAAUCGCUGCUGAACCGAGGAGCUGAUGUCACCAUCAAAGAUAAGGAGCUGAACGUUUGUCUCCACUGGGCGGCGUACGCUGGGAACGUAGACAUAGCAGAGCUGGUGCUGAACGCCGGCUGUUCGCUCUCCUCGGUUAACGUGCACGGAGACACGCCGCUGCACAUCGCCGCCAGAGAAGGGUUCCUAGAAUGUGUCACAUUGUUUCUGUCCAGAGGAGCAGACAUUGACGUUGUGAACAGAGAAGGAGACACACCGCUCACCCUGGCGAAGGUCGACACGCCGGUGUGGGUUUCGCUUCAGAUCAACAGGAAGCUGCGACGAGGAAUAACCAACCGACCGAUUCGGACAGAAAGGAUCAUCUGCAGCGAUGUCGCCCAGGGCUACGAGAACAUCCCCAUUCCCUGUGUGAACGCCGUAGACGAUGAAGGCUGUCCUUCAGAUUACAAAUACGUCUCAGAGAACUGUGAGACUUCAGCCAUGAACAUCGACCGUAACUUCACACACUUACAGCACUGUAACUGCACUGACGACUGCUCGUCUAGUAACUGUCUCUGUGGACAGCUGAGCAUCCGCUGCUGGUACGACAAGGACCAACGGCUCCUUCAGGAGUUCAACAAAAUCGAACCCCCCCUCAUCUUUGAAUGCAACAUGGCAUGUUCUUGUUAUCGAACAUGCAAGAACAGGGUGGUCCAAGCUGGCAUCAAGGUUCGCCUGCAGCUCUACAGGACAGAGAAGAUGGGGUGGGGAGUUCGAGCCAUGCAGGAUAUUCCUCAGGGAAGCUUCAUCUGCGAAUAUGUUGGGGAGCUGAUCUCUGAUGCUGAAGCUGACGUUAGAGAAGAUGACUCGUACCUGUUUGACCUGGACAACAAGGAUGGGGAAGUGUACUGCAUCGACGCUCGUUACUACGGCAACAUCAGCCGCUUCAUCAACCACCUGUGUGACCCAAACCUCAUCCCAGUCCGAGUAUUCAUGCUGCACCAGGACCUGCGGUUCCCCCGCAUCGCCUUCUUCAGCUCCAGGGACAUCCUGAGUGGACAAGAGCUAGGGUUUGAUUACGGAGACCGCUUUUGGGACAUUAAAAGCAAGUAUUUCACUUGUCAGUGCGGAUCAGAGAAAUGUAAGCACUCGGCCGAGGCCAUCGCCUUGGAGCAGAGCAGGCUGGCCCGGAUGGAGGCCUGCUCCGACUCGGGAGCGGACUGUGGGGUGACCGUGCUGGGAAACUCCUAAAACACCUACCCAUGGGGCCUUAGGAAGAAGACGCACACAUGAAAAUGUUGGAAGGGAGUUUGUUUAUUCUGUUUGCCAUUUAUGGUGCUGUUUUGGUUGUCUUUGUUUAUUUCUAAAACCUGCCACUUUAUCAUUUUCACUCUAUUAGAAGUUACAACUUUUACAUUUACUUGUCCUGAUGUGUUUGCAAGAGGUCACAUGGUUUCUGUGUGUUGACUAAUUUUACUGGUGUCUCUUAAUAUGCUGUGCUCCAUAUCAAACAUGUAAACAUUUUAAUGUUUUUUUCUGUUGUGCCAACUGAAGUGGUGCCUCUUGGCAUGGAUCAUAAAGGAUCAUAUUGAAGCCUGUGUGGGACCCAAUUAAGGAUGUUUGUUUUUAUUUUUAUACAUUUUUCUGUCACUUGUAGAGAAAUAAAAUAACAAGUUUA